AUGAUAGAAAGCUUCUAUAACAAGUGGUAUGAAACAUGGGCGCCGGCGAUUGGAGAAGGCCAAAUGCACUCUCUUCCGCCAUACGUCGAAAUCUUGGUGACCCAUACCCAGCUAUCUACAUACGGAGGGGUGAUCAACCAUCCAACGGCGCCUCUUGAGGUCAAGCGAUUCUUCCGCGCCGCUGGCCUCUCGUCGGCAUUGAAUGUCUUGAGAGCGGCCAUUCAGGGCGAAUCACGCCUAAAAUCCAUGCCAAACAACACCGUGAUCAUGAUAUCCUAUGCCGCAUGCUCUGCGCUGAGCCUUAGCGAGAUGCCGGCAGACAGCAGGUCUAACCUGGCCCCAAGUGUGCGAAACCUGAUCGAAGAGGCCGCUGGAGUCCUGGAACGGAUUGGGGCAACUCCAAACCACCGGAGUGGCGCGUCCUUCCUAUACGGACGCUUCUUACGAGAGCUCGUUCGGCGGUCGCCAGCCAACCCCAGCACUGUGGCUCAAACCGACUCUCACCCCGUCACCUCCACCGAGACCCUUCCGCCUCCAUCGACAUUGAAUGGAUAUGGCCCCGUGGCAUCCUCGACGCAGCCACCGUUUGAAACGCCGCUGUUCUGGUCAGAGCCACUGCAUUUCUCUGCGAUGUCAGAUGACCAGAUCAUUGACGCCGUGAACCGAGCGGGAACGGCAUUUGGAACGAGCGUUCCCGACGUGCCUCUAGACGACAUGAUGAAUUGGGAAUGGCUUGACCUUGGCAAUACCACGGACUUUAGCUUCUGA